AUGGCUAGUAAAUCUAUUGUUCAUACUCAUUUUGAGAACAUACCGGAGAAUCCAACUGGUUCAUACAAGGCGACAUGCAAGCUUUGCCGUUGUCAUAUAUCGGCCAUGGGGAAGACGACCUCCAACCUGAUAACACAUUUGAAGAGAAAUCAUGCUGGUCAACUGAAGCAGGUCUCCUCCUCUACACAGCAUAAACAGACUAUGCCGACAUCGUUCAUCCAACCGCUGGGCACUGUGAAAUAUACAGCCACAGAUCCGAAACAGGCGAGAAUCACAGCCGCAUUGGUCGAGUUUGUAGCCGAAACUCUACAGCCAUUGUCCGUGGUGGAGGCGCCAACGUUUAUACGACUGUUUGACGCUGUUGACCCGCGCUAUCAACUCCCUUCCAGAAAGCAUCUGUCCACUAAUCUGAUCACCGACACGGCAACACAUCUCCAGGAGAACAUGAGGAAGGCGAUGUCUAAGGUUCGCAGUGUGUCCGUGACCAUUGUCCUCUGGACUAAUCGCCACAUGAGAACCUAUCUCGGGAUCACCGGACAUUUUGUUCUCGAUUAUAAGCUUGUCAGCGCUAUGCUUUCGUGCCAACGUCUUAAAGGACGCCAUGCAGCUGAAGACAUACACUCCAGUUACACAGAUACAUUGCAGCUCUUCAACAUCAACAACAAGGUGUCUUACAUCAUAACCGACAAUGCUACACACACGACACAGGCGUUCUCCCUACCUGGGUUUGAUGCCGGACCAGCCCCUGUGAAUGACAGUGACACUCCUCAUUCUGACACCAUAACAGCAGCAGCAGAGUUUGGUGAAGACGUCUUCGAAUUCCUCCCACAGCACCAGCCAUGUUUUGCCCAUACUCUGCAAUUAGUUGUUGAAGAUGGCAUAAAGGAAACUGGAUCAUUGCGUAAGGUCAUCGCUAAGGCAUCCGCCAUUGUCUCUCAAACACGGAAAUAUACCCAAUUGUCUGGUUUCCUGGAGAAGGAUAACAAGCUACAUGCAGCUAUUGUUUCACGGUGGAGCUCUCAAGUGAAGAUGAUCAGAUCUGUGCUGAACAUUCCAAAGGACAAGCUUGACCAGUGUGACACCCUAAAGCUGUCAAAUCAAGAGCGCAUACAUCUCACAGAUCUCGUGCAAAUCUUAUCCCCAUUAGAGGAAGCAACUGAUUAUGCACAAACGCAGAACAAGGUAUCGGUCAGCUACAUUCUACCAUGCAUUCGCGGUUUGAAGUCUGAACUCUGUGAAAUGGACUCUCGAUUCCAUAAUAAGAUCUUGUCGCUUCUCACUGCGUCGGCGACCAAGAGACUGGCGCAAUAUGAAGACACAGAAUCACUCGUUUUAGCGACCAUCUUGGAUCCAAGAUUCAAACUCCAAUGGUGUGCUUCUGAUUCUGAGGUAUAUAGUGCAAAGCGCAGUCUGCUUCAACAUCAUUGCUCCCUCAUCUCCGACACUCCAGAAACAGUUCAAAUUGAGCACACCCUGUCACCUCCACGCAAGAAAAGCAGACUAUUCGGAUUCAUGGGAAAGACUCCAGCGACACCUCGCGCUAACACAGGAACUGUGGAUGGCGAGAUCCAGGAUUACCUCUCAACACCAUGCGUGCCAGAAAACAGUGAUGCCCUGGAGUACUGGAACAUGCACCAUGAAUCUCACCCUUGCCUUUCUAAGCUGGCGGUUCAGUAUCUGGGAAUCCCAUCAUCAUCAUCAUCAGCUGCCGUAGAGCGGCUGUUCACUGUUGGCGGUGAACUGUUUUACCCAGACGGCUGCAGGCUUGGAGACCGAGCGUUCGGACAGCUCAUGUGUAUCAAGAACAACACACACUUUGCAUAG